AUGCCGCCCGACCCAGACCCCGGUUUAAUCCAGCCCACGACGGGGGGCGUCACCAAAGUUCAGACCUACAUCCUUACCAUAUUCGCGACGAUUGCCUGGUACAAUGCCGUGGAACUCGUAAUUCUAUGCAUGACCACGUUCAAGCGCUACAGAGGUUGCUACUUCUGGAGUUUGUUGAUCGCCUCCAUUGGCCUGAUCCCGCUUGUCCUUGGAUGGCUCUUCUUCGUUUUUUACUUCGGACUCUCUCGCUGGGUGUCCACCUCCAUCAUCAUUCCGAGUUGGUACUGCGUCGUGGCAGGUCAUUCUCUUGUCCUCUGGUCACGACUGCAUCUGAUCCUGCAGGCGCCCAAGGUGCUCCGUGCCAUCCUCAUCCUGAUCAUCGUGGACAGUAUUCUCCUGUUUAUUCCCACGACGGUUCUCCUCUAUGGUGUCCUCAUCGUGGAUGACAACCAUCGCACGUCCGCACGGUUUGCGUUCGCAUUUAAUAAGAUGGAGCGGAUUCAGCUCGUGGGCUUCUGUUUGCAAGAGCUUCUGAUAUCCGGCGUCUAUAUCGUUGAAACGGUAAAGCUACUGCGACUUCGACCGGACCCCCUUCACCGUCGGAUUCUGACUCGGCUAGUCACCAUUAAUGUUGUGGUCAUGGUCCUCGACGUGGCGGUGGUUGCCGUCCAAUUCGCGGGGUACCUCGCCAUUCAGAUGAUGUUCAAGCCCGUCGCAUACAGUAUCAAAUUGAAGUUGGAAUAUGCCGUCCUGAGCCAAUUGAUCCAGAUCUGCAAGGGCCCGUCGGACGGUGAACCGGAACAUCUGUGCUCAUGCUCGCAAGAGCACAACAGCACCUCGACUUGCCCAAGUGAUUCUGGGAGAAAUGGCGCCGCGCACCCAGACAUGCGGCCGUCCAGUGUAGAUACGAUCUCUACGGUGAUUGCGCUACCCCAGCCCGCGGCGUGUUGA